AAAUCAGCUGUGGCUGAGUGACAGUUUCUGUUGUUUUUAUUAUGAAUUAGUUUUCAAAGUUAGAGUUUUUAGGAUUUUUUGUUAAGUUUUACAAAAUAAUAGUGAACACAAAAUGUUUCGAUUAUUGUGUUCACACAAUGUUUGCUUAAAUUCCUAUUCGCGGUACACACGAACUCCGCUCAAACGUAAUCUACUGACCUACAUAAAAGAAUUAAGGCCCAAGCGACCGAUAACCGUUGACAAAGUAACUAAUAAAGGAAAUGUUCGUCCAAAAACCCUGAUUUUCGGUGGAGCAUCGGGAAUAUCGUUGGCAGUUUCUAUAAAUUUUCUGCGAAAUGGUACUGUUGUACAGUGUCAUGCCGAUAGAGUAUCCGGCCUUCGUUCAAAGGUCACAAAAUCCGAUGAAGGAAAAUUUGAUUGGGCUAUGUUCUGGCGAUAUCUAAAACCUCAUCUAAUUAAGUUCCUAGGUGCAGUUGCUGCUGCAUUAGCUGUUGCAUUUUUCAACAUCAAAAUACCAGAGUUGCUUGGCAUCUUUGUGAACACACUGUCUAGGUAUGCAAAGAUUGGCGAGAAUAUCGACACGAAAGGAUUUCUACAAGACUUAAAAUGGCCCGCAAUCAACCUGUUCGGAAUGUAUGUGCUACAGUCUGGAUUUACCUUCAUCUACAUAUUGCUACUUAGUCAAAUUGGUGAACAGUUGGCCGCGAAAAUUCGGCAAGACUUGUUUAAGCAAAUUAUCAUUCAGGACUUGUCAUUUUUCGACGACAACCGAACUGGAGAGCUGGUUAACAGGCUCACCGCCGACGUCCAGGACUUCAAAUCGUGCUUCAAGCAGUGUGUAUCACAGGGUCUCCGAAGCAUAGCUCAAUUAAUCGGCGGUGGAGUGUCUCUCUUUAUGAUUUCACCGGAAAUGGCCACCAUUGCUCUAAUUUCUGUACCCGUUGCUGUCGGCGUAAUGUCUCUUUUGGGAGGAGCACUGCGUAGUUUAAGCAAGAGGUCACAGGCUCAAUCUGAAAAGGCCACGUCUGUUUGCGAGGAAGCUCUCUCGAAUAUUCGAACCGUUCGGUCGAACGCAUGCGAAUAUUCGGAAAUGACAUUAUUUCAGCGAGAAACAAAUGCAGCAGCAGACCUAGCUCAACAGCUGGGUGUUGGAAUAGCAGUUUUCCAAGCAUUGACGAAUUUGUUCCUGAACGGAAUGGUUUUGACUACGCUUUUCAUCGGUGGCAAUUUAAUGGCUUCGGAGAAAUUAUCGCCUGGACAACUCAUGGCAUUCUUAGUUGCAUCACAGGGUGUCCAACGUUCGCUGUCGCAGGGAUCAAUACUGUUAGGAACAUUAAUUCGGGGCAUGACUGCUGGUACUCGAGUGUUUGAGUAUUUAGCUAUUCAACCCCAUGUGGAUCUACUAAAAGGUCUUCGAAUACCACCGAACGAACUAUCCGGUGAAAUUCGAUUCGAGUCUGUGUCUUUCUCAUAUCCUAGUCGUCCAGAUCAGAUUGUGCUGAAAGACUUUAAUUUGGUGCUAAAACCAGGACAAACCGUGGCCUUGGUGGGUUCCAGUGGAUCUGGUAAAUCGACAAUAGCUUCGCUUCUGGAACGGUUUUAUGAACCGACAUCGGGACGAAUAACAAUUGACGGCUAUCCAAUCAACUUUCUAUCACCGAGCUGGCUUCGAACGGAAGUAAUUGGAUUCAUUGAACAGCAACCGAUCCUCUUCGGCACUUCGAUUCUAGAAAAUAUUCGCUACGGUCGCCAAGACGCUACCUUCGAAGAAGUAGUUGACGUUGCGAAGCAGUCUCAGUGUCACGAUUUCAUCAGCGAACUAUCACUGUCCUAUGAAACGAAUGUCGGUGAACGUGGUACGCAACUGAGCGGUGGACAACGACAACGAGUUGCUAUUGCAAGAGCGUUAUUAAAGCAACCAACAAUCCUUAUCCUUGAUGAGGCCACUUCAGCUCUUGACGCAAAAAGUGAGGCGAUAGUACAACGGGCAUUAGAUAACGCAGUCCAGAAUCGUACGACUCUUGUUAUUGCUCAUCGACUAUCUACAAUCCAAAAUGCUGAUGUUAUUGUUGUUUUAGACCAAGGGAAAAUAGCUGAGAUGGGAACGCAUCAGGAGCUAAUGAAAAUGAAGGGCAUCUAUUUCAGUUUAGUCAGGCAACAGGAGAAACAGGAUCAAGAAAAUGCGGAGAACAGAAGACAGGGUUGAGAUUGGUGUAUUUAAAUGUGAAAUUGUUUUCAUGACACUAUGACACAUAUCGAUCGAAGAUAGAAAAUAAAACUCUGAGAGGCAAGUC